GUGGUCAAGCGGUGACUAUCUCGUCGCGGUUUUGCACUCUUUUGUUGGAUGUGCGCUGUGGAUGACAACCGUCCAGCCCUUCGCAACAACAGCAGCAGCGGCAUCAGUGAAUUUAUCAUCGCAAACGCCGAGAGGGGAGUGAAGUGAACCGGAGGAAGGAGAAGAGAGAGAGAAAGGAUUUACGGACACCGACCGAGCAUGGCUACCCAAACGGCUGCAUCAUGCACUGGAUCCACUCUGUUGCAGCCAAUCAGCGAAAUUAUCAAUCUCCCCGUUGACCAGGUUAACUUUGUGGCAUGUCAGCUGUUCGCCCUGCUGAUGGCUGUGUGGUUUCGGCUCUACCUCCACCCCAGUAAGACCAGUCCUUUCAUCAGACAUGUGGUGGCCACUCUGCUGGGCUUCUACUUGGCUCUCUUCUGCUUUGGCUGGUAUUCCCUCCAUUUUUUGGUGCAGAGCGGUCUGUCCUACAGCGUGAUGAUCUUCGUUGGCCUGGAGCAUAUGCACAAGUACUGCUUCAUUGUGACGCUUGGCUACCUGAUAGUAUGUCAGAUCACACGGGUCUACGUGUUUGACUACGGCAUGUACUCUGCAGAUUUUACAGGGCCCAUGAUGGUUAUAACACAGAAGAUUACCAGCUUGGCGUUUGAAAUACACGAUGGUUUGGCCAAGCGAGAUUGGCAGCUGACUCCCAGUCAGAAAUACCUAGCUAUCAGGCGGAUGCCCAGCUUGCUGGAGUACUUGAGCUACAACUGUAACUUCAUGGGCAUCCUGGCUGGGCCCAGCUGCUCUUACAACGACUACAUGGCCUUCAUCGAAGGCACGUGCUACCAGCCACGCCACCAGGAGAACGCCAACGGAAAGGAGAACGGGAAGUACAAGCAGAGCGAACCCUCACCCAAGAAUGACGUCAUCUCCAAGCUGUGUACAUGUGCCAUCUCGCUGGCCAUCUAUCUGUCUGUGUGCAAGCUGCUCCCAGUGGAGCACUCCAUAAACGACGACUUCGUCAGCUCCACACCUUUCCAUCUCCAGGUCAUCUACCUUUACUUGGCCAUGCUGGCUCUGAGGCCAAAGUACUACUUUGUCUGGACACUUGCUGAUGCUAUCAACAACGCUGCCGGAUUUGGCUUCAAUGGAUACAACAAAGAUGGCUCCCCGCGGUGGGACCUGAUAUCAAAUCUCAGAAUUCUGGACAUUGAGUUCGCCACCAGUUUCAAGAUGUUCCUAGACAACUGGAAUAUCCAGACAGCUCUUUGGCUCAAAAGGGUGUGCUAUGAGCGCUGUCGCAUCAACCCCAUGGCGGCCACCUUCCUGCUGUCGGCCAUGUGGCACGGGGUGUACCCUGGCUACUACCUGACCUUCCUCACUGGCAUUGCCAUGACCAUGGCUGCACGUGCAGUAAGACAUAACAUCAGACCGUACUUCCAGGUCUCUGACUCGCACAAGCGCAUCUAUGAUGUCGUCACGUGGGCGGGGACUCAGGUUGCCAUCAGCUACACAGUGGCGCCAUUUGUCCUCCUCGCUGUGGGACGCUCACUCAAAUUCUACAGGUCCUGGUAUUUUUGCUUACAUCUCCUCUGCCUGCUGGUGGUCGUGGCCCUGCCUGUCAAAUCGAGACGCCGGCAGGCCAAAGAGCAGCAGGACGGCCUAAAGGACAGCCAGACAGACCACAACAGCACAGACAACAACUGCAACCAGAAAGACAAAGCCACAUGAGGCUCUGGACAG